CAUCAGUAUUAUCAUCAUCAUCAUUAUUAUCAUCAUCAUUAUUAUCAUCAUCAUCAUUAUCAUCAUCAUCAUUAUUAUCAUCAUCAUCAUUAUCAUCAUCAUCAUCAUCAUCAUCAUCAUCAUCAUCAUCAUCAUUAUUAUCAUCAUCAUCAUUAUCAUUAUUAUCAUUAUUAUCAUCAUCAUUAUCAUCAUCAUCAUCAUCAUCAUCAUCAUCAUCAUUAUUAUCAUCAUCAUUAUCAUUAUCAUUAUCAUCAUCAUCAUUAUUAUCAUCAUCAUUAUUAUCAUCAUCAUUAUCAUCAUCAUCAUUAUUAUCAUCAUCAUCAUCAUCAUCAUCAUCAUCAUCAUCAUCAUCAUCAU